UGGCAGGCCAGCACUGAUGCAGGGACAGCAGGUGCCCUGACCCCUCAGCAUGUCCGAGCUCAUUCCUCUCCAGCAUCACUGCAGCUGGGAGCUGUUUCUCCAGGGACGCUUACACCCUCUGGAGUAGUGACUGGACCCGGAGCUCCAUCUUCUCAACAUCUCCGCCAGUCUUCAUUUGAGAUCCCUGAUGAUGUACCUUUGCCACCAGGUUGGGAGAUGGCUAAGACACCAUCUGGACAGAGAUACUUUCUUAAUCACAUUGAUCAAACAACAACAUGGCAAGAUCCUAGGAAGGCCAUGCUUUCCCAGAUGAAUGUUACAGCUCCCACCAGUCCUUCCGUGCAGCAGAACAUCAUGAACUCGGCAUCAGGCCCACUCCCCGAUGGAUGGGAACAAGCUAUGACCCAGGAUGGAGAAAUUUACUACAUAAACCAUAAGAACAAGACCACAUCUUGGCUAGACCCAAGGCUUGACCCACGCUUUGCCAUGAAUCAGCGAAUCAGCCAAAGUGCUCCAGUGAAACAGCCACCCCCUCUGGCUCCUCAGAGUCCUCAAGGUGGUGUGAUGGGUGGGAGUAGCUCCAAUCAGCAACAACAGAUGAGACUUCAGCAGCUACAGAUGGAGAAGGAAAGGCUGAGACUGAAGCAUCAAGAACUGCUUCGGCAGGCAUUGCGGAAUAUCAAUCCCAGCACAGCAAAUUCUCCAAAACAUCAGGAAUUGGCUCUCCGUAGCCAGCUUCCAACAAUGGAACAAGACGGUGGAUCUCAAAACCCCGUGUCAUCUCCUGGAAUGUCUCAGGAACUGAGAACAAUGACUACAAAUAGUUCUGAUCCCUUUCUUAACAGUGGAACAUAUCACUCCAGAGAUGAAAGCACAGAUAGUGGACUUAGCAUGAGCAGUUAUAGCGUACCCAGAACCCCCGAUGACUUCCUGAACAGUGUUGAUGAGAUGGAUACAGGUGACAGUAUCAGCCAAAGUAACAUACCGUCCCAUCAGAACCGUUUCCCAGACUACCUUGAAGCCAUUCCAGGGACAAAUGUGGACCUUGGGACACUGGAAGGAGAUGGGAUGAAUAUAGAAGGAGAAGAACUGAUGCCAAGUCUGCAAGAGGCUUUGAGCUCUGACAUCCUUAAUGACAUGGAAUCUGUCUUGGCAGCCACCAAGCUAGAUAAAGAGAGUUUUCUUACUUGGUUAUAGGGGCCUCAGGGAGACUGAAUUCUAAAUCUGUGAAGGAUCUAAGGAGAAUAGGACAUCUGUAUCCGAAGUUCAGAACAAGCCAGUGUGGCACACUUUGGCUUGUGUUCAGAAAAAGUAAAUGAACAAAUAUUCAACAAGAUUCUUUCGUUUUGCUCUUCCUUGUCCAUCGCUGCUGUUAUAUAUUGCUGACUUUUUUCCACAGUUGACUCUGAAGAACAGACAUCUUCUUGAUCUUUUUCUAUUGCUGUUGCAACUACUGUUCAAGGGGGGUAGGGAGGGAUGAUGAGCCUAUUUGGAUUAUGCCUGCCAUUCCUUUUGUCCUAGUGUGCGCUUGCAUAUCAUUUUAUCCAAGUACUCAGAUUUGAGAGUUAAUUUCUGCAUGUCACUGCUUGUAGUUUGCUCAGCUAGUUGUCUCCUGCUGCCUGUGGCAAGUGGUAAAACAUGACAUACUGGGGUGACAAGCCAAAAAUGAUGUAUCUGGUCAAAAGAAGUCAAUACUGAUUUGGAGAUAUGACUUAAAGGAGGGCUGAAGACUGUUUGGCAUUAAGUGUUUCUACUAGUAGCUCUUUCAUUAGUCACAAAGUGCUCUUCUUGUUCAUAUUUUUUGUUAUAGUAAAUCAUGAGUCAUUUUACAUAGAAACAUAUAUGAACUUUGAUUGUUGCCACAUAUUCUAGCCUAACUUUCGUUUGUCAAAAAUAGUUUGAUUAUUUUUGUUAGUUGGUUUAACUGUAGCUGUAGGAUGGGAAGUAAUUAUAGGUGUUCUUUUUUUUAAAAUAGUGAAAUCUAAGGGUUUUUUUCUGAUUUCACAUAGUCUUAUUUAAAUCUGAAUUGUCUGCUUUUUUAUACUUAAAACAUGCCUAUUGUAGCCUGAUAAGCUAGUGAGUACAUAAACCAGUAUGUUUUGCCUGUAACUUUUUUAUUUUUUUUAAAGGCUAGCUUUGAAUGUAAUCAUUAGAAUUCAUGACCAGUGGCUUAUUUUUCAUGUUUAUUUGCAAGAUUUUGAAUUAGAAUCUGACUGCAGCAAUAUAAAAGUUAGAAUCCUAAGUGUUGUAUGUACAAUUUUAAAAUGCAUUUUAAAGUAGCAGAAACCAUUUUAAAAUGACAGAUGCACCUAAUCUCUCUUCUGGUUUUCAGUUUUGAUAUCUAAGCAAGUUUAGAUUUUAAAAUCCUUAAUGGGAAAAAACUUUAUGAAAAGUUUCUCUUAAGUAAGCAUGGAAAAAAUCUGAACUAUUAAUAUCACUCUAAGUUGCAAUGAAAAGGCUAGAACACCAAAAAAAAAAAAAAUUUCC